UUUGGGUGCGGCUAAUUUUAGGGGAUGUACCUUUGCUGCUCUGGUAGAUGCCUUCGGAACAGCUCGGCUCUUGUCGUUAGACUGAGGCCCACAACUCUGUUACUGGCGAGACCAUUGGCUAAAGACAGCGCCCCUAGGUUCUUAAACGAACACGAGAGACUCUUGGCCCUUCGUAGAGGAGAGAAAAUUGUUGCUGUGUUUGCUGGGGUAUCACUACUAGUUGGAUAUUUUGCAUUAAAGAAGGCAUUCUCAAAUAUGGCAGCUAAACCCAUGUGUAGACCACUGGUUGUGGCUGGUCCAUCUGGCUCUGGUAAAAGCACACUCAUAAAGAGACUAUUUCAGGAAUUUCCUAAUGAAGUAGACUUCAGUGUAUCUCAUACUUCAAGAAAGCCACGUUCAAAUGAAGUCCAUGGAAGAGAGUACUACUUCAGUACGAGAGAAGAAAUGGAGCUUGGUAUCAAGAAAGGCGAAUUUAUUGAGACUGCUGAAUAUUCUGGGAAUUUAUACGGAACAAGUAAAAAAGCCGUCGCUAAAGUCAAAUCACUUGGUAAAGUGUGUGUCCUUGAUAUUGACAUGCAAGGAGUUCGGAGUAUCAAGGAAACAAAACUAAACCCGAUCUAUGUCUUCAUUCAACCUCCUUCAAUAGAGGAACUGGAGAAGCGAUUGAGAUCUCGACAAACUGAGACUGAAGAGUCUUUAAGAAAAAGACUUGACGUUGCACAUGAAGAAAUGGAAUACGCAAAGAAAGAAGGUUCGUUUGAUCAUGUUGUAGUGAAUGAUGAGCUGGAGAAAGCAUACGGUGAACUAAAGAGUAUCGUCAUGAAGGAAAUUGAUGCUGUCAAAAAAUCUAAAACUCAGUCAGAAAACUAAUACGCUGUUAAUGCAGUUUUUUUUAUAAAUUGAACUUAUCAUUGUAACUAUUAUUCUUUUAAGUUAAUAUUAUUGAUUACUAUUACUGUAAUAAAAGCUAGAAUUUUACCAUGAA